AGCAAGAUUCUGGCUUGCACAAAAAGUCACUUGGUGUUUCUCUUAUAAAACCGGAAUUCCCUAAGUUAAGUUGUUUAUUGUUAAGAAAUCAGCCAAAAUUAUUACAGCCGAUCAGAUUUAGAGAAAGAAAAAGAGAAAAUGAGUAGAGGAAGCGGAGGAGGCUACGAUCGUCACAUUACGAUCUUCUCUCCUGAAGGUCGUCUCUUCCAAGUAGAGUACGCUUUUAAGGCUGUCAAAUCUUCUGGGAUCACUUCUAUUGCAGUUCGAGGGAAAGAUUCUGUUUGUGUUGUCACUCAGAAGAAAGUUCCUGACAAACUUUUGGAUCAAACAAGUGUUUCACAUCUUUUCCAUAUUACUAAGUACUUGGGUCUUCUUGCCACUGGAAUGACAGCUGAUUCUAGGAAUUUGGUCCAACAAGCAAGGAAUGAAGCUGCUGAGUUUCGCCAUAAAUAUGGAUAUGAAAUGCCCGUGGAUGUCUUGGCUAGAUGGAUUGCAGACAAGUCUCAAGUUUAUACCCAACAUGCUUAUAUGAGACCUCUUGGAGUAGUGGCUAUGGUUAUAGGAAUUGAUGAAGAAAAGGGACCUCAGCUUUUUAAAUGUGAUCCUGCUGGACACUUUUAUGGUCACAAGGCUACAAGUGCUGGUGCAAAGGAUCAAGAAGCUAUCAACUUUUUAGAGAAGAAAAUGAAAAAUGAUCCUGCUUUCUCCUAUGAGGAAACAGUUCAGACUGCAAUCUCUGCUCUUCAGUCAGUUCUGCAAGAGGAUUUCAAGGCUACCGAGAUUGAGGUGGGAGUUGUUCAAGUGGCAAAUCCAGUUUUCAGAGCUCUCACAACCGAGGAGAUUGACGAGCAUUUGACAGCUAUUAGUGAGCGUGAUUAAUUUAAAUGAUUUGUUUAGGUAGUCGAUUGCUAGUACCUGAGUUGUGAGUUGUGACAGAUUGAACAAAUCUUCACUGGAGUUCACAUCGAUCUUGGGAGAACUCUUUGCUAUCACUUCUAUAUUGUAACUUUUAGACAUGGGUUUGUUUGUAAUGAGUUAAAAACGCGGUCAUUUUUGCAAUGAAUGUCUGCUCAAGUUGUUGACGAUUUCCAGCACAAUACUGAAUAGUUUUCCAAAUUGACUUGGGUUUACUCUUUCAUUCUUUCA